CAUAGGGACCACUUCCCAUCUUCCUCGGGAAUUCAGCAGCUCUCCUCAAUUCGCCGAUCUCACCCAUCUUAGCGCAAUCUCUGGUUGUCAUUCUUCACCGAAGCAAUGGCCGCUGCUUCCAUGGCUACCAGCGUUGCCCUGAAGAGCCUUAGCUCUUCCUUCUCCGGCGCGGCCGUCGCCGCUCCCCAGAAGGCUGUGGCUGCCAAGGCCGGUGCCUUCACCUGCCGUGCCCAGAAGUCCGAGGAGGAGGUUGUUGUCUCCCGCAGGUCCGCCGUGACCCUCCUUGCGGGUGCCGCUGCUGCCCUCACCCUCAAGGCUGCCCCCGCCCAGGCUGCCUAUGGCGAGGCUGCCAACGUCUUCGGCAAGGGCCCCGGCAACACCGACUACAUUCCGUACAAGGGUGAUGGUUUCUCCAUUGACCUCCCCUCCAAGUGGAACCCCAGCAAGGAGAUCGGCGAGUUCCCCAACAUCGUCCUGAGAUACGAGGACAACUUCGAUGCCCUUGCUAACGUCGUCGUCAUUGCCGAGCCCACCAGCAAGUCCUCCAUCACUGACUUCGGUUCCCCGGAGGAGUUCCUUGAGAAGUACAAGUACCUCCUCGGUGUCCAGGUCUUCGCUGGUGAGACUUCCUCCGAGGGUGGCUUCGACAAGAACGCCACCGUUACCGCUUCCGUGCUGGAGUCCUCUGCCCCGAAGGUCAACGGCAAGACCUACUACAAGCUGAACGUGCUCACCCGUACCGCUGACGGUGGUGAGGGUGGCAGGCACCAGCUGGUCACUGCAGCUGUCGGUGGAGGCAAGCUGUACAUCGAGAAGGCUUCCUCCGGUGACAAGAGGUGGUUCAAGGGUGCCAAGAAGUUUGUCGAGGGUACUGACAAGUCCUUCACUGUUGCUUAAAUGUGAUAUAGUAAUGCCCGCCAUUUGUCAAUUUUGCGUUUAAGAUACAAGCUAUUUGCACAUACAAGUUGGCUUUCAUAUGUUCGUCUCAACAAAUGCUGUACAGCGACAGACAGGAAUACGAAACAACAGAUUU